AUGAAAGCUUCACAAGAAAAAGGAUGGGCAGUAUCAACUAUUAUGACUCGUCAAAACAUAAUACCAGCAAAAGAUGGAAAAACAAUGAUAACGGCAUUGAUACCGUUUUGGGAUAUGAUUAAUCAUAAAAAUGGAAUUAUGUCCACUGAUUUUAACCCAAAAUUAAAUCAAAGUGAAUGCCUAGCGUUUGAAGAUUUUAAAGCCAAUGAUCAAGUAUUUAUGUUUUAUGGUGACCGAACAAAUGCUGAUAUGUUUCUUCAUAAUGGAUUUGUAUAUCCAGAUAAUGAAAAUGAUGGAUAUUCUUUACGAUUGGGAAUAAGUAAAUCUGAUAAACUUUCUACAAAGAGAAUAAAAAUUUUAGAAAAAUUAAAAUUAUAUGAACAAAUGACAUUUAUGUUACGCCCAAAGCCAAAAUCAAUAAAUGACAAUUUAUUAAAAUUUGUUAAAGUAUUUAUUAUGAACGAGGAUGAAAUAAAUAGUCUUGAAAAACAAGAAGAUCAAUCGAAAAUAAUAGAAAAAUUAAAUACAUCAGGAGACGAAUUAAACAAAAGAUGCUAUAGGUUUUUAUCGACUCGGUUAAUGAUACUUUUAAACGCUUAUCCAACCAAAUUAGACGAUGAUAUUGCAUUACUUAAAAACGACGAUAAUCAAUUAACCGAAUGCAAAAAAGUGGCAAAUUUAUUUAUGCAAUUUGAUCGUUAUGUUUUUAGCUUUGGUUUUUCGCCAAUCAAACUUGUAUGA